AUGCUUGUAGCACGGACCGUUUUUCCGAUCUCCUCGGCCGCCUGCCUUUCAGGGGGGAGCAGUGGAUUGCACAAGAUACUUUACGUAUGGGGUGGAGUCGGCGUGUGCGACACCUGGUGCGGGGGCGACGGCAGCACUACCUGUGGAGGAUCGGACGGAUUGUCGCGCGAUUAUUACAAGAUUGAAACCGGCGAGGCCACCUUGGGUGUCAGCGCCGCGGGUGACGGCGCCAGCAACAGCGCCGAUCCGUUGGACAGGCUGCUGGAGCUCCACAACGCGGCGAGGUGCAUGCACGCCACGGGACCCCUGGAAUUCGCCGAGCCAGUUGCAGCGACGGCGAAGACGUACGCCGACGUCCUUGCGAGCGAGUCCAUGUGCGGGUCGGCGGAAGCCGCACACUCCACCGGCCUCGGGGAGAACGUAUUCGUGUGCGCCGCCUCGUCGUCUUUUUCGGGAAAUGGUGCCCCUACCUCUGCGUGCUUCUCGCCCGAGAUUGCCAUGGAGGCGUUCUACGACAGCCAGGUCGGAGGCGGGUCCACGUCCACCUACGGCCCGUACGCCACCCAGGUGCUGUGGAAAUCCACCACCCAGAUAGGGUGCGCGUUGAGAGCCUGCGAAAAGGAGGGGUUGACGUACGACAUCUUGGUCUGUCGAUACUCCCCCCCGGCUGGAGAGGACGCCACCGAAAGCGAGGUAGCCCUCGAAGCCAACAGCAAAACCACGUGCGGAUACGAGUAGCAGCAUGGCCGGCUGUUUAUUUUGCGGGAUGGGGCACUUUGAAACGACUCGAAUCGUUUGCCGCCUCGGGUAGCCGUUUGGAUAAUCCUUCUGGCGAUGCACAGGAGCCCGAAGGCGUGAUGCUUCAUGGGUAGAAGGGAUCGGGUCGGCCCGCGAAGACGCCUCCGUAUUUAAGUGUGUUCCAUGGAUCGGAGCCAAACGUCUCGAAGCGACCGACAUGUGAGCGGCUCUGAAGCUAUCCGGCAGGCAGGUUCCCGGAAACGUUAACCUGACAAAGAUUGUUUCGGAGAAGAGCCGGUGUUCCCGGCAGAACAACGAUAUCUAGCCUGUACGUAUCUAUACCUGGUCUGUACGUAUCUGUACCGCCUGUGUAAAUGAUCUAGUUAUGACUGCGUUCCUCCAGGCUCCUUGCAUCAUUUGUCCAGUUUCCGAUGCCAAUAAUUUACCUAGUUUUUCGCCUGGUUUGGUUCCCUCGUGGCCAUAGUUCACGUUUGCUGUUUUGUUGUCUCAUCGGAUGCCCCAAAGUGCAGCCCUGUAAGCGACGUGUUUCGUCUUCUUUCGGGCAUGUGUUUGGCGUGCUGCUGCCCGGGUGCUGUCAGUGCAUUUAUAGCUGCAAGAGGUGCGGUUUGGGGAAGGGGAAGCAACAUUGUUUUCGGUACGCGUUUGCACUAAACCUUUUUCGGAGGAAAAUCGAGUGGUGUGGUAGUUCAAUAUGUUGCGUUGUAGUGAUGUGUUGUCGGCGCUGCUCCAUCAACGACCGUUUGUUUCUCGGUUUCGUUUUUGUUCAUUUGCGGUCAGUUGAGUCAACUUAAAAGUAGUGUAAUUUGGUGUGGUGUUGUUGGGGGAAGUACAGUAGGCGUUUGGGCGAACUGCGGUUGUGCGAUUUUCGGGCGGCUUCGUGUUCGCUUGCGUUAUGAUGGAGGGUAGACUAACCCACGCCCUUCUUGGGCGGGACGAAUUUGUUGGCGUCGAAUUGCUGCGGUCAUCUUUACAGGCUUCCAUGGCAGCUGUUCAAAACAGGUUGAGGGCAGCUCCCAUGGAAGUAUUCCGCCUUGGGUUCGCUUCCACGGUGGUUUCGGGGUUGGGGUGGAGGGUGUGGGUUAGGGUUAGGGUAGGGAAGCUGGUAUGAUCAG